AUGGAAAGAAACCAGGAAGAGGGUCUUCCCAUAAUAAAUUCACCCGUCAGUCCUUCUCAAAGCAAACAUUCCUUUGGCUCAGGUCGUAAUGUAAUGCAAGGACUGCAAUUUACUUCUAUAGAAAGUCCUAAUGUGGGUUUCGGUUCUCGUUCUUAUAUCAGUUCUAUGGGUUUGUCUGUGGGAGCUCGGUCAUACUCUGCCUCUCCUUUAAAUAUUCGAAGUCAAUCAUUGGCUCUUGGCGAUUUGGAGCUUGUUUCAGAAGAUGACAAAAAAAAUGAUUCACCUGUCGAUUCAUCUGCCGCUGGUCAAAGUAAUUUAUCAUUGCUCCUUCAGAAAUCAAAAACUCCCUCACCACCUGAUCUUCAAGUACAAUCUCAAUCACAAUCUUCGAAUAAUUCGGGUAUCCCGCAAUUAAGGGUUAAUGGACGUAUACAGGGGUCACCAAGUAAUAAUUCAGGUUACGAUCCCAAGGAAGAAUCUAGGCCGUUGCUAGAAGUUCCCUUUAGCAACUAUGGAAAUAGAAAUCCGGUUGAUGAUUUGGUUCCUAUCGAAGAGAAUCAUUGGACUGAAAAAUCGUGGUUCGAAUGGCUACCUUGUGUCGGUGGUCGACAAUCCCACUUACACAAUGGAGAAGAACCGUCGAGACCAUGGAGGCAUAUUACACCAGCGGACAUAUUCCAAAUUUUUAUUCGAGAUCCGAUAUCAUAUUUGCCUGCGGUUUUUCUUGGUCUAUUAUUAAACUUGCUGGACGCCAUAUCAUAUGGUCUAAUCACGUUCCCGGUAAAUAACGCAAUGUUCUCUACUCUGGGACCGGACGGGAUAUCCAUGUUUUUCGUCAGUUGCAUCGUCUCACAACUUGUCUAUUCUGGCGGCUUUAGCAAAUUUGGAGGUGGUAAUGGCAGCAUGAUGAUAGAAGUCGUCCCUUUCUUACAUAUAAUGGCAGAAAUUAUCUUAAAGGAAAUUGGCAAUGACAAAGAUGCUGUUAUCUCUACUACCAUCUUAUCGUUCGCAAUAAGUUCAGUACUUACUGGUCUUGUAUUUUUACUACUUGGAGCCCUGAAGCUCGGAUCUUUAAUAGAAUUUUUUCCACGUCAUAUUCUCGACGGAUGUAUUGGUGGGGUUGGAUGGUUUCUGGUUGCAACUGCUAUCGAGGUUUCUGCAGGUCUUAAAAGUGGCUUAGGAUUCAAUUAUGAAACCUUAAUUGCACUUUUCAAUCUUCACUCUCUCUGUUUGUGGGGUUCUGCAUUAAUGUUAGCACUGCUACUAAGAGUAAUAUGCCACAAAAUUCACCAUGCACUUGUUGUUCCAUACUACUUCAUGAUCACUCCCCUUAUCUUUUACCUUAUUGUCUACAUCUUCCAAUUGGAUUGGGGCGACUUGAGGGAUGAUGGAUGGGUAUUCAAAAUGCCUGCAGGCGAUGCUCCCUGGUACCGUUUCUAUACCUACUAUGACUUCUCCAAAGUGGAUUGGAGUGCUUUAUUGAAAACUGUUCCGGCAAUGUUUGCUCUCACAUUUUUUGGCAUUCUGCACGUCCCAAUUAAUGUUCCGACCUUAGGAAUAUCUCUUAACGAAGAUAACGUUGACACUAAUCGUGAAUUGGUAGCCCAUGGUGUAUCAAACCUACUUUCCGGACUCGUUGGCAGCGUGCAGAAUUACUUGGUGUACACCAAUUCUCUUCUUUUCUAUAGAUCUGGCGGUGACAAUCGCGUUGCUGGAUUGAUGCUUGCAGCAGGAACAACUAUUAUUCUCUUAAUAGGCCCUUGGAUCGUAGGUUACGUCCCCGUCAUGGUUGUCGGUGCUCUUAUUUUCCAUUUGGGCAUUGAUUUGAUGAAGGAGGCGUUAGUUGAUACUUGGGGCGUAGUAAAUCGUAUGGAGUACUUCACCAUAACCGCGAUCGUUAUUGCCAUGGCUACUCUCGGCUUUAUAGAGGGUAUACUUUUGGGAAUAAUCAUGGCAUGUAUAUUCUUCGUUGUUUCAAACUCUCGCAGGAGUGCUAUUCGAGCUACCUUCUCCGGAAGUUCAGUAACAUCCAUUGUUAGACGCCGUUAUCGCCAACAAAAGUUUCUUAAAAGAGUUGGAAAUCAAAUUUACGUGAUGAAAUUGCAAGGUUACAUGUUCUUUGGUACCAUCAAUGGUGUAGAGAACGCAAUUCGUCAGGUGCUAACCUUUCGAAUAUGGAGGAGGAAUCCAAUUUCAUUUUUGAUUGUAGAUUUCUCUUUAGUUACCGGGUUGGAUUACAGUGCUGCCAAAGCAUUUGUCAGAAUUCACAGAAUUUUAGAAGCAAGACGUGUUCAUCUUGUGAUCUGUGGCGUUCUACAUAAUUCUGAAAGUGCAAAUGCUCUAGCUGCUGUCGGAAUUUGGGGGGAUACAAUGAAAGAAUAUAUACAAUUCUUCGAGAAUUUUAACGAAGCAUUAGAAAGGUGCGAAAAUAUGUUACUAGAAGUAUAUUACAACAGAAGACGAUCAGUUUUGGCAUUAACAGAUCAACCCGUAAAUAAAGGCAUGGCGCAACCUACCAGACUUUCACCACCCAAAGAAAUUUUGAACAUAUCAUCUCCGCGUAACAAUCUCGUUCAAGAUGCUGGAAAAUCGAUCCUACGUGAUGAAAGACCACCCCAACACGACAAACCAACCUCCGUUCUAAUAGAAACUUUUCAAGAUAACACUGACAAAAAUGAGGAAUUCUUCAGUAAAUUAGCGCCAUACUUCCACGAAGUCAAUGUUCCAUCAGGAGAGAUCCUUUGGAAUCAAGGUGACUCACCUAAUUGUCUUUACCUUGUCGAUCACGGUGUACUUCGCGUACAUUGGAGAGCCGCGGAGGGUGUUCAUGCGAGACCGGUUGAAAGUAUUUUACCUGGUACGCUGGCGGGUGAAUUAGGGUUCUUUACUAAAAGGAAAAGGGAUGCAACGCUAUAUGCCGAUCAAAGAUGCGUGCUGUGGCAGAUGAAGACAGAAGAUUAUGAUAAAUUACUGGAAAAUGAUCCAAAAGUUGCUAAUGACUUCAUGCGUCUAGCCCUACAUUUUUCUGCCGAAAGAUUAAGUACCAUGAUGCAGUAUGCAUUCCUUUUGGCUCAAUAG